CGAUGUAAACAAACGAUCUGAAAACGUUGACGGGGCACCCACGGCCUGACCACCCCCGGAGACACUGACGAAGAGGAGGAAGAAGACAAGCUACGAGUCUAGUGUUGAUGGCCCUCUUCCCAGCUUACUCCAGUGAAGAGGCCCACCCCAAGCCUGCAGCCUCCUCCCUGUCAUGGCUGUGCAACCCCAGCUGCCCCCCAGAAAUUGGUCAGCUGCCCCCCCAAGAGAGUGUGCCAACGGAAGACAAGGAAGAACCCCUGGCACUCGAGGGGCCCGUAGAACCCCUCACAGAACUGACACAAGCCUCCCCAGAACCAAAGAAGAAUAAAAGAAAGAAGAAGGAGAAGAAAAAGAAGAAGAAGAAAAAGAAAAAGAAGGAAGAAAAGAAGGAGCUGGUUGAUCAUGAUUCAUCAUCUAGUGAGGAGAAAAAAAGUCCUUCUCCCUCUCCUUCCAGGUCACCAAGGUCAAAGAGCAGGUCAAAAGAAAGGUCAAGGAGCAAAUCAAAGGAAAGGUCACUGAGGUUAAGAAGCAGGUCAAAAGAAAGGUCACCAGUAAGAGGACAAGUGAAAAAGUCGAGGUCAAGAACAAGAUCAAGGUCGAGGGGAAGAAAGUCAAAAUCGCUAUCAAGGAGAAGGAGGUCAAGAUCAAGUUCAAGGAAGAGAAGGUCAAGGUCAAGGAAGAAAUCAAGAUCAAGGUCAAGGAGGAGGAGGUCAAGGUCAAGAUCUAGGUCACAGAGGAGGAGGAGGAUAUCAAGAUCAAGUUCAAGGAGGAGAAGGUCAAAAUCUAGGUCGCAGAGAAGGAGGAGGACAUCAAGAUCAAGUUCAAGGAGGAGAAGGUCAAGAUCUAGGUCACAGAGGAAGAGGAGGAGGUCAAGGUCAAGGUCACCCAAGAGGAAGCAUAUCAUCAGAAAGGGCGACCAGAGCACAGGUGGCAGCGCAGAGAAGAUCGUGUCCAGCUGCAAGGGUGUCUUUCUGGAGGACCUGCAGGGCAUUGUGAAACCCGAGGAGGCGUUCUUCAUCACCGUGGAGGGCGAUGGCAACAACAAGGCCCUCGCCACCACCCACUACACACAGCUGGCAAGUUACAAGACAAGAACCAGGGGAACGCUAGGUAACCCCAUCACCCGCACCAGCCAGAGGAAGAAGGUCAUCAGGUAUUACAAGAAGAGUGCGCUCAGAAUCCUCUACUCCGACGCCACACCAGUCAAGAGGCUCAACCCCAACUCGGACACCCCACACGAGAGCUACGUCCCCUUGAACCUAACCCACGCAGAGGAAACAAAAAUCAAGGGUUCCCAGGUCAGGAGCUUUCAGGGGUCGGAAGCGAAUCCACUCGGCAUUUACGACUCCAAAACCGAGCAGUAUAUCACAGGGAAAGGUGGACUGGACAUUGAGGACAGCGUAGAGACAUGCCAGGAUGCGGAAUAUGAGAUGUGGCAGAGUAAAGCCAAGCAGUACAAUGAGAGACUAGGCAAAGAACCGUACAAUGUGUCUCUCUGGCUGGAGUUUGUGAGGUUCCAAGACGACUCCUACAAGACGCUGUAUCAAGGUGAGAACAGCGCCGACGAGAGAAAGCACAAGGUGACGCAGAAGGCUUUAGCCGAGAGGAAGAUCGCCAUACUAGACUCAGCCAUUAAGAAGAACAUACGAAGCCUUGAACUAUACUUUGAGCGCCUGGAGAUCGGCAAGGACCUCUGGGGUGACAAGAAACUGAAGCAGGAGUGGGAUGCGCUUGUCUUCAACUUCCCUAAUAAGGUCAGCGUGUGGCAUCAGUAUCUCGCGAACGUACAGACACACUUCACCUCCUUCGGUCUAUCCUCUGCCGUCCGCAUGUUCGGCAAGUGUUCUGAGAGGCUACAGCAGAUGAGGGACGGCGUUUUCAUGACACACGCGCCACCCCAGGACAUCGGAAAGUGUCUAGUGGAUGUGGCGACGCAGCUGGCACAUUUGUGGAGGCAGGGAGGGCACAUGGAGAGGUCCGUCGCGUUGUUUCAGGCGCUGGUGGAGCUCAACCUCUUCAGCCCCAACCAUUGCAGUGCCAAGGAUGUGCCGCUGGAGGCUAAGCUGGCACUCCUGGAGCCUUUCUGGGACUCAAGGGCACCAAGGUUUGGCGAAGAGAAGGCAGUGGGGUGGGCCAAGGUCAUGGAAAGGAGGGAAACAGUCCAAUUCCCUGAGAUUAUAUUAGAGGGAGCGCUGGACGAAGAAGAUGACCUCCUGGCCCAGGGCGGCACCACGGCAAGGAUGUGGCUGGCCCUGGAGGUGUCCCGGGAGCGGCGGCACUGGCUACCUUGGGAGCAGGACCCCGAGGACUGUGAGGACCCCGAGAGGAUGGUCCCCUUGGAAGACCUGACCCCACACCUCUUUACGUUAGACUCAGUGGAGGAUAAGUUCUACCUCAUCCUUGAGUUCCUGCGGUUUCUCGGCAUUCCGGAGGUUGAGGACUUGAGCUGCCAGGGGUUGCGGAGUCCUAGGAGUCCUACAGGCAUCGGCACUAGGGCGGGGAGCAUCUUCAGACCCCUUGUGAUUGAGACGCUGUAUGACGCUAACCUGUUUGGGAAUCACUUGUGUAAGGAAAGUGGCGCUAGUAACAUCCUUAGUUUUGAUGCAGUGGGUCCCUCCAUCACCAAGCCCUCCUGCGAUGACUACUACCAGUUUCUGUGUCGUGUGGUGCAGCAAGCAACGUCGAUCUUUGAGCACCAGUAUAGAAAGCACUUGACCCUUUUACAGAUCAAGCUAUUUUCCACGUAUUUUCAAGUCAAGGCACAGAGGGAGGACGAGGCAACGCUGAAGACUCUGGCGAAGGAACUGAAGAAGCAGAUCAAGAGCGUCCUGAAAACGGAGGAGUUCAGGAUGUGUCUACCGGUGUACCAGGAGUAUGGGAGGAUGGAGGAGGCCUUGGGGCAUGUCUCGGAGGCGGAGAAUAUUUACGUCACGGCAUUGGCGAUCGGCACCAUGUCGGGUAAAGCUUUAGAGCCAGCCGGCGAGGACUUCCGAGCAGUGAUAGAUCUGUACGUCUCAUACAUACGCCUCCAAUUAGACCGUGAAGUUGAAAUCUGCAGCGGACGCCAUAGCAACAAUAUCCUUCAGUCACUUUGCUUACUAGUCAAUGAAGGGAAAUUCUCAGCACCCGACGGAUCACCAGCAACAGGAGGGAACUUACUCAAAGCCAAGAAAAAACUACUCCAGAUGCAAGCUCACCGUGGCCUCCAGUUGACCGGUAUCGGCAAGGAUGGGGCGCUACAUGAAAACGAAAAGGUUCUCGCUAUAAAAGUGGUCACCUUCCUCGCCCUUAUCCAGCUCCUCACUAUCGGCUUCCGUCCAGCGUGCCUCGUCUUCGAAUCCACGAUAGAGAGAGUGAGUAACGCCGUACCACACACACUAGACGACAUAUCACUACCGUCGGAAAUGAAAACGGAGACCAAGAAUAAGAAACACGACAGGAGUUUAGACGAAAGGGCGAAGGUGUUGGAGUGCCUGUAUGAAGACUACCUUUGGCUUGUUGAGUCCUCCAGGCGGCUCGGACACCUGGUGAAGGACGGGAAGAUGUCACCAGUGUCCCUGAGGUCGGUUCUUGCAGCAGCCCUCAAGGUCGCGCCGGAAAACCAAAGAUUCCUCCUCCUUCUCGCCCAAAACCAGAGCUGGCGCAGUCUCAUCGGCGGCCUUGAGACCCGCGCCUCCGAGAGCUGCUCCAUCGUGGGCCUGGUGUGCAAGCUGCUGCCACACAUCAGGAGGACCAUCACCCUCAUCACCAACACCAGCGAUGGGUUGCUGAGUUGCGGGCACCGGCUGGAGGCUGUGCUGGAGCAGGCCGUGAGGGGGCCGCCGGGAAGCCACUGUCCCUUGCUGUGGCGGCUGUACCUGGCCCUCGUAGCCGCCACUCGACCCAAGGGACUCAAGAACCUCACCUAUAGGGCUCUGGUGCAGUGCCCGGGCGUCAAGAGUGUGUACCUCGACUGCGUAAGACUCCUUCCUGGGAUGCUGAAGGAGGUGGUGAGGCUGCUUACCGAGAAGGGCAUGAGAGUACGCCUACCUCUCGAAGAACUGCAGGUCCUCACGGAAACGGAGCUGGAGUUUGAGGACGAAAAGAAGGAUGAAGACUCCGACAGUGAAGAGGAGAAGAAGGAGGAGGAGGAGGAGGAGGAAGAGGAGGAGGAUGUGCCUUAGUAGAUAGGUCAGUCUUGUAGUACAGCAAAGAAUCCAGCCAUCAUCCUCAUUCUUGUUUGUAUUUCGGUAAAAGAUUCAAGUCCAUAUCAUUAAACAUAUUAAGCCCCCACUGCGAUCAUUUACCAAGGCCGCAGAGAAGGUUAGCCGGGUUUUCAUGGGUGUCUUUUUCCAUUCAGGGUGCAGAAGUCGUCUAAAACUAUCAUUUGGAUCACUAGACAACAAUCCAUGAAAGCCCCAACAACUUCUAUGACAGGCUUUUCAAACAGGGGAACUGAUAUAUAUGUUGAACCCGGUAGCAGUGACGGGACAAAUUUGUGGCUUUACCGUGUAGCAGUGACGGGACAAAUUUGUGGCUUUACCGUGUAGUAGCGACAGGACAAAUUUGUGGCUUUACCGUGUAGCAGUGAUGGGACAA